AUGAUGGACCAUAUUUGGCUUCAAAUCCUCUCUCUUGCAGGACUCCUGUCAUUAACUUUGUGUAAACCACAAGAGUAUAUUCUGAUGAAGCAGUUAAAGACGUGGGAAAAUGCACAGAGUUACUGCAGGACACACCAUAUUGAUCUGGCCACCGUUCAGACUGAUGAAGACUGGACAAGUCUGAAAGAAGCUGCAGAUGAAAAACAGUAUUCUUCAUUUGCCUGGAUCGGACUGUUCAAUGACAUCAACGGCUGGCGCUGGUCUUAUAAUGACGAGAGUCUGGUGUUCGAGUCCUGGGGUCUUGUCCAGCCAGAUAACUACGGUGCGGGAGAGGAGUGCGUCGCCAUAGCUUUUGACGGAAAGUGGUUUGAUUUCUACUGCACCAGUGAAAUAUAUUUUGUGUGUUACGAUGAGAACACAAACAGAACAGCUAAACUGGUGCUAAGCAAGACCCAAAAGACAUGGCUCGAUGCUCAGAAGUACUGCAGAGAUCAUUAUACAGACCUGGCUAUCGUUAGAAGUCAAGCUGACAAUGACCAGAUAAUUCAGUUGCUAAAUAUUUUUAUGGCUCCGGUCUGGAUCGGAUUGUACAGAGACACUUGGAAGUGGUCAGAUCGGGCCAACUUUACUUCUUCAACCCAAAACGCUGUUCAAAAACUUGUCGGGUCGAACCAAAACUGUGCUACUAUAAAUUAUUGGCGUGUAAUUGAAGAUAGACUUUGCACUACGACUCAUUAUUUCUACUGUAACACUGUCAAGAGGAACAGGCAGGUGAGCCGAGUGCAGGUGAAAGCUGCUGAGAAUGCUAAUGAGGAAUGAUUGAAGGCGCUCGUCUUAAACAAGUUAAAGCAGACGCUGAGCGAUGAAGACGUCACACUGACAUGGAGGACGCAACCCAACGGGAAAGUCUUCCAGAAGAACA